AUGGCGAGAUUCGGUACCUUUACGCGCCUCUUGGGUUUGGACCGACCACCUCAUCGACACGAUCACUGGUGGCACGAACAUCGUCGACGACUUCUCCCUAGCUACCGCGAAGACUCCUUCGUGUCCGCCAUCCCCGCCGAAACCGUCACCGAAAUCGCCCUCCGCAUCCGUCACCUGAUCGAGAAAUGCGUUCCCCUCGAGCUGCCCGUCGACCACAUCACCUCCCCAAACAGCAAGAUCAUCACCAAGAAAGUCCUCAAAGCCGCCAAAGAAGCCGGCGGCAAACACCACCGCUCAUGCGUCGUCUACUGUUUGUUGGUUAACAAGCGCUGGUGGAAACACCAAGCCGAAGUCGAGCUCUGGGACGCUGACCUGCACGCCCUCCGCGCCGUAGCCUGCGAAGUCAUUGCCAAGCAGAUCAUCGAGACCGAAGACGACAUGAACUUCCUGCUACACCAGGUCCUGCUCAAGCGCUACUCGAUCAUGAUCGACAACAAACCCACCAAGCCGUCCAACGUGGUCGAGAAGGCAGUCGACUUGCAUGCUCUUAGGGUGAUCGGCUCGUCGGGCUACCAGAAAUGCAUCAACUACCUGUGGCGCGGCUGGCUGGUGCAGGACGAAAACGACCCGGCUACGUUCGUCGAGUAUCGCGACAAGGAUAAUACUUCGUUUUGGUCACAUCUCGACCCGGAUCGCAUGCGCGCGCCUAUGUACCAGAACUGGACGCAGAUGCUUAUUAGCUUCAUCUACUUGGUUCUUUACACACUGGCGAUGAACAGCGUCAAUCCCGGCGGACAUAUCGAUGUGAUCGAGGGUCUUCUUUACGCUUUUACCCUGGGAUUCAUGUGCGACGAGUUCGCCAAGAUCUGGAAAGCCGGGUUCGCCAUUAUCGAUUUCUGGUCUGCCUUUAAUUCGAUCCUGUACGGGCUAUUGACGACCAGCUUGGUCUUCCGCUUCAUCGCCUUCUCCCACCCCGGCUCCGACGGCGACUGGCGGCACCACUACAACACUCUAUCCUACAACUUCCUCGCCGUCUCCGCGCCCAUGUUCUGGCUCCGCCUCUUGCUUUAUCUCGACUCCUUCCGCUUCUUCGGCGCCAUGCUGGUCGUCCUAAAAGUGAUGAUGAAAGAAUCCAUCAUCUUCUUCGCCCUACUCACCGUCAUCAUCAUCGGCUUUUUACAAGCUUUCCUGGGUCUAGACCAAGCAGACGACCAAGUAGUCGAAGACGCCAUGUUCAUAAUCCAAUCCAUGGCCAACGCAUUGAUGCAGUCCCCGGAUUUCAGUGGGUUCGAGCGCUUCAACCAUCCCUUUGGCCUUUUACUGUAUUACUGCUUCACCUUUGUAGUAAUGGUCAUCCUGCUCAACAUCCUCAUUGCCCUCUACAAUUCUGCGUAUGAAGAUAUCUAUGACAACGCCAACGACGAGUACCUAGCCAUGUUUGCGCAAAAGACCAUGCAAUUUGUUCGCGCACCCGACGAAAAUGUGUUUAUACCCCCCUUCAACCUCAUUGAGAUUUUCUUGCUGGCGCUGCCGCUGGAGUGGUGGAUGGAUAAGAAGAUGUACGAAAGGAUCAAUGAUUGGUGCAUGGCUACUAUUUAUUCCCCCCUUUUACUGGUCAGCGCGUUCAUUGAGGUGCGUACCGCGCAGGAAAUUAGGGCUAAUCGCGCGAGAGGAGACGGGGAUGAUGAUUCGGUGGAGGAGUGGGAACAGAGGAUGGGGGAACUGGAUUGGGAGGCGGAUGGGUGGGCGGAAAGAGUAGAGGGGGCUAAGAGUCAGAUGGUUAAGAUGCAGGAGAUGGAGGAGGAUGAGGAGGAAAAUGGAGAGAAUGGGGGGAUUACGAGGGGGGAGGUGGCGGAUGCGGAGGUGGAGAUUGGGAAGUUGAGAGAGGAGGUUAGGGAGUUGAAGGGGUUGGUGGGAGAGUUGGUGGGGAUGCUGAAGGAGGGGAGGGAGGGGAAGGGGAAGGGGAGGCAGGUGGAGGAGAAGCAGGCAGAGGAGGGGGAGAAGGGGGUAGAGGAGGAGGAGAUCGAGGUUGAGGAGGAGAAAAACGUUCAGGAGGAAAAAGUGGUUGGAGGCGGUGAUGGUGCUGGCAGCAGCAGUAGAAGUAGCAGUAGCAGUGAUAAGGAGUGA